AUGCGUAUAACAAAUUUUACUCUUGAUAAAACGCGUCUGUUACCGAUUCUUACAAAAAAGUUUGUUCCACCAAUGUCUGAUACUCAACAUAAAGAACCAAAAUCCUUAUCUAAUCGUCAGUUAUUCCGUCAAAUUAUACCACCACACGAUACAUUGCGUGAAAUUGAGGCACUUAAUUUAGGAAAAUCUAGAAUGCGUAAAUCAAAUCAAUUUGGAAAAAAGCUAAGUAUUGUUGGAAAGAAAAAAUUAGAACGUAAACUUGGAAAUUUGACAAUUGAAAAAGAUGAGCAUUUAGAG